AUGGUAACUCCAAUAAUAAGUUUAGAAGUAAAUUCUCUCAUUAAUUACAAAGAAUUGAUGAGAGCUAUUAAUUUUAUCAAGCAACAGUUCUUCGACUCUUUAUCUAAUGAGCUUAACUUGAUUAGAGUGUAAGCCCCACUUUUCAUUCCUGCAGGUACUGGCUUAUAAGAUAUGCCCUUAAAUCAUAGAAAUACAAUGUCUUUAGUCAAUUUCUAAUAUCAUUAGUUACCUGGGAUUCAUUUAGAAACUCUUCACUCUCUUGCAAAAUGGAAAAGAAAUUUAAUAUCUAAUCAAGGCUUUGAGCCCUAUAGUGGAAUCUACACUGAGGGACAUUUCAUAAGAGCUUACGAACCUAAGCUUACUCCUAUACACUCCUUGUACGUAACCCAGCUCGAGUGGGAAUAAACAAUCCUAAAAAAGGAUAGAAAUAUUGAAUAUCUCUAAAGUACUGUGAGAAAAAUCUUCAAUAGUCUCAAAUAAGUAGAGGAAGAACUUGUCAAACGAUAUUCAGCUUAACUAGAAUGCUAAUUGCCUGAUUAAAUUCAAUUCAUACACUCAGAGGAACUAGAGGAAAGAUUCCCUAAUCUUACACCAAGAGAAAGGGAAGUUAGCAUCACUAAGGAGUUUGGUGCAGUAUUCAUCAUAGGUAUUGGCUAUCCUCUACCUAAGAGCAGCUAGCCUCAUGGCGAUAGAAAUCCAGACUAAGAUGACUGGUCUACUCAGAACUGCGAUAAUGGGUACCGAGGUUUAAAUGGAGAUAUUCUAGUUUGGGAUUCUACUUUAGAUACUGCACUAGAACUUUCAUCUAUGGGCAUAAGAGUAUGUCCUAAAUCGUUAGAAUUGCAAUCAAUUAUUCGAGGAAGCUGGGAGUACACUAAAUAAUUGGAUUAUCACAAGUCUAUUGUUGAUGAGAAAAUUGUAUAUUCAAUUGGAGGUGGUAUUGGGAUCGACAGAGUGCUUAUGUGGAUGUUGAGAAAAAGGCAUAUUGGAGAAAUUCAAGUGGGAAUAUGGCCCUAGGAGGAAUUGAAGGCUCACCCUGAAUAUCUUCAAUGA